AUGCAAAAGUUAGAAACAUACAAUAGUAAGACAUAUAAGAGAACAGAAACAUCGUUAAAAGAAUUUAACACUAAAAUCGAAAAUUUAGAAAUGGAAAAACUUCAAGGUGAAUUAAGAACUCACAAAGAAUCCGUUAGUAGCACCAUAAACGAAAUAGAAAAUACAAAAAAGGUUAUAGACACACUUAAGUCCUUAAAUAUUCUCAGAAAGAACUCCAACGAAAACUUACAAUCGAUCCUUAAAAUAAAAAAGAGCAAGAAUGAUUUAGUACAGAGAAUAGAUAACCAUAUUCAAGCAUUAAAUAGUUAUAAUAUAAUAGAAGAAAAAGAAAGAUCAUCCCUUUUGAACACAUUAAAUAAAGAAAAAAAUAAUAUAGAAACUGAAAUACGUCAAGCUUCAAUAUCUAAAUUAGAAGAUAAUGAAAAAGCUGUGCAGAAUUACUGUGAAAAUGAAAAGAGCAAUAUUGACAAAGGCAUCGUAACCCAUUCGGGAGAUCUUGAACAAUAUAAAACUCAGUGCCAUAACACAGAAAUAGAAAUAAACAAACUCAAUGCUAAUUAUGAAGUAUUAGAAAAAAAAAUAGAUGAGUUGGUAAAAGAUCAACAUAGCCAAAUUAUAAUAUUGGUUGAUAAACUCAUAACAACAAGGGAGACGGAAAUAAAUGAAAAAAUCGAGUUGAACCUAAAUUCUCUAAAGGAUAUCAAGACGAAAUUAGACCUUUUUAAUUUUGACGAAACUGUUAAAAAUAACAUAAACGUCACGAUUCAAAGCAAAAUAAAUGCUUUCAAAGAACAGGUGAAAAAUACAUUGCAAAAUAUAGAUAAUGAAAUCGGAAAAAUAAACGGAAUUAAACAGAAGUACGAUGCCUAUAUGGCAGUAUUCAAAAAAGAAAAAGAUCAAACCCCCGAAUUCAGGAAAAAAAAAGAGAAAAUGGAAGAAAUUUAUAAACAAAUGAAAGAAAGCACACUAGAUCAAUUACAUCAAGUAGAAAAAGAAAUCACUAUAUUAAAUCAAGUAAAACAAUUCCAAAUGGAACACACAAGAAUUUUAAUUCAUCACGCUGUUCACAUGAUUAAUGAGGAAAGCGCAAAAGCUAAAUCAGUAAUUGGGGAUAUCGAAUUAGCUAAAAGCGAAAUUGAUAAAAUCAAACUUAAAACUGAACAAUUGAAACAGAAUAUGAACAAUUUUGAAUAUGAAAAAUAUUACGACAAGGCUACACAGAGCAACACACGAAUAAAUGAAUUUUCUAAAAAUGCCACAAAAGAUAAGGAAGAAGCUGACAAAAGUGAAGAUAUAAACGAAAUAAAACUUAUCAAAGAAAAAAUUAAUGGCAAUCUGCAACAACUCAAAGCAGAAUAUAAUUCUAUGGAAGAAAUAAGAAAGCAAAUUAAUAGUAUGAAAGGUUUACUACUUUUGAAUAAUUCUGAAACAAUAGCUAAAGAAAUAUUAAAUAAUACACAAGACGCAUUAAGUUUUAGCCAGGAAGCGGCAAGCGAACUUAAGAAAUCGAAUGAAUUAUUAAAAGAAAUAGAAGCUCAGAUAGCUAGGGCGAAGGAACAUAAAGGAAAAAUUGACAUAACCUUAGAAGAUGAACAAAUAAAUUCCGAAGUAAACAAGAUUGAACUAAUUAAGCAUGAAAUUGUGAAUAAAAAAAAAGAAAUGGAGUCCUAUUUAGCGAAGAUAAAAGAAUAUAAAGACAAAUGUACAACCAAAAUCAGCAUUUCAAAUAGAGGAAAGGAGAAAAUUGAAUUCAUGAAAACGGUUAAGAAGAACAUGGAAAGAAGUUCGAAUAAAGAUGACAUGAUUGAGGUAAACGAAAAUAUAGGAAAAUCUGAACAAUACUUAAAGGAUAUACUAGCUCUGGAGACAAAAGCUGCUAAUAGUGUAGAGUUAUUCAUGCAGUAUGAACAAACGAUCAAUAAUACUUUCCAGCAAGCUGAGAUUCUAGGAAUAGAAACUAAAUCAAAGAAAAAAUUCAACAAAGCAACAGAAAUAAUGGAAGAAAUUAAAAAACACAAUGCUGAAAUUCAAACAAAAGGGAAUGAUCUGCAAGGAACACUGAACCAAUUGAAGGAACCCCAGAAUACCGACGACGCAGAAGAUGAGCUUAACAAUGAGACGUCUACCAAGGCAAAAGUACUUAUACAGAUAAACCUAGAAAGAGUCAAAUAUAAUUUAUCCCAGGUUGCUCAGAUUAAGCAGGAAGGGGAUGACAUAUUUAAGAGAGCCACAGGCACCAUCCUGUCCCUAUCAGAAACCUCCCAAAAUAAGGAUGGUAAAACAUUAGUCACGGUAAAAAAAGACGAAUCUAAAUAUAUAGAGUACUUAUCGCAAAAAACUACAGAUAAAAAUCUAAUCGUCUCAGAAAUGAAUAAGCUAAAUGGCAUAAGUUCCAAUAUCGUAAGUAUAGGAAAGGAAUUGAAUGAAUCCAGAAAGAAUUACGAAAUUGGACUUCUUCAAAAGAUAGAUCAAAUAAGCAAAAGUAGGAAGCCAAAUAUGGAUUUAAAAAAAGAGUCCAUAAAUUCAACAAUGAGCUACUUCUCUUCCCUGUUCACUGGCCUAGAUUCAAGUCAAUACAACUUUAAUAAAAAUAUAGAUUAUUACCAACAAAAGAUGAAAGAAAUACAUGAUAAAUUUCACGAAUCGCUGAACAAAAUUCGUGAAAAUUUAAAAAAGGCAUCAGAAGAGGACACAAAUUAUACCUUAGCGAAUGAACUCAGACGAGAAGCUCAACAGGAAAGAGCUAAACUUAUAAGUACGGAAGAAGAAGCAAUCAAAUACAUAGAGUCAAUUAAAAAACUGGAAUCCAUCAGAUUUAUAAAUCACGUAAAAGAAAAUUUAGACAAAAUAUACACAUUGAUCAAAAAGGAGAAAUUAAGAAUUAAUGAAGGUCAUGAAUUCAUCAAACAGCUAGUUGAAAGUAUUGAAAAGGCAGAUAAUUACGGCGAUGUAUCAGAGAAAUUAGAACAGGCAAAAAGAAAAAAUGCAGAACUGGGGACAAUAAUGCUAUCUACGCAUAAGAAGACGGUAAAACAAAUGUUAGAACAUAUAGUUUCCUCUGCAAAUUUUAUUAAUGUUAAAGUAAUUCCAGAAUUGCCUCUCACAGAGUCACACGCUAACGAAGCAGUAGAAUUAAAAUUUCAACCGAAUGGUAAAAUAACCUUAGAAACAAGAAACCUCUCGUCAAGCGUAACCGAAUUGGAUUUCCAGAAAAAUAUAGAGCAAGCUUACAAUCUCGCGCUGGAGAUCCACAAAUGUGCAAACGAUAUAGAUGCACAGCAAACGCGAAACAAACAGUUAAUGAUCACAGUAAAGGACCUACAUGAUAAAAUUAAGUUCAUAGAAGAAUUAAAAAAUAAAAUAAAAAUUACAAGGAGUAAUGAAAAUGAUGUAUCGGGUAAAAUAAUGGGUAAUUCUGACAAUAUUGAAGAAUUAGACAAACUAUCAUGCAGUGAAAAAAGUUAUGAUAAAAUUUUAGAGAAAGCGCAUCAGAUAAAACUAGAAAAUAUACGUGAUUCAUUUAAUGAAGGAAAAAGAGACGAAGAUAUUGACUUUAAAUUAAAAAAUAUGAAAGAAGCCAUUGUCACUUCACAAACAUCCUUAAAAACUCUUGGACAAGAAGUUGAGGGUUUAUUGGCAAAAGAAACCAAUGCUGAAAAUUUGCAAGCCAAAAGUGCUCAGAUCGAAGCAGUAGAUAACAAAAUAAGAAGCAUAGAACAAAAUAUUGCAAGUCUAAAUACAUCCUUGGACAAAUUAUUAAAAAGGGGAAGAGAAUGCGAAAUAGCUAGCUACACAUCCUUCAGAGAUAGUGUUAAAAGCAAAAUAGAUGCAGAGGAAGAAAUAAUCGAUAAUAUGCAGAAGCAUGUUAGUCAAUAUUUGACAUAUGUUGAAGAUAAUUAUAAUUCCACAGUGAAGGACGUCCUUACAUUAAAUGAACAUUUUAACAGCAACAUGGUAACUGAUCACGCAGCGACUUAUUUUGAAAAAUCAAAUAAAACUUCGGAAGAAUUAUCUACAGUGGUCGAUCAAUCAAGGGGCAUAAUAAACAAUAUAAAAAAUGCCCUCAUAGAAGUUAAUGAAGAAACUGAAUUUACUUCGUUGGAAAACAGCGCACAAGAAAUAGAAAAGCUGUACAGUACGUUACAUGAUAAAAAAAACGCAAUGAAUGAAAUUUACAAAGCAUCCAUUUUAGUUAAAUGGCAAGAAAUAAAAUCAGAUGCUGGUAAAUAUACCGAUAUGGCUAAAAUAUUCAACAGCGUGCUAGACACCCAAAAAUCGAGAAUUACAAAUAAUAACAGUAGCGUAACCCGCCUUAAAGGCAUCAUAAAUGUACAACUUAAGGAUUUAGAAGCUGCGGACACCACAUUUACAUUGGAAUCGAUAAAUACGUUUUAUGAAAUAAGCGAUAAGAUUAAAACGAGUAUAGAUGAAUUGGAAAAGCUGCAACAAAUUAAUCGCCAAGAACAUAAUAAUGUGGAAACGCAUAAAGAACAAAUUGCACAUUUAUUAAACAGAAGAGAUAACCUAAAAAGUGGAGUAAAAGUAUACGGAGAUGAUGCAUAUUUAAAAAAAUUAGGAGGGGAUAUACUAAAUCAGGUAAUGAAUAACAUAAGAAAUACUAAUGAAGAACUUAGCAACUCAGAUGAGCUGUACAUCAAAUUAAUGGAAAAACUUGAUGAAAAUGAUGAAUUGUGCAAAAAUAACUAUACAGAAAAUUACGUUUCUCAAGUACUGCAAAAAAUGAAGGAUCUGGAGAAACGCUUCAAACAGAAUGUACCAGAAAAGGAAAAAGUUUUACAAAUUGAAAGCAACUUGAAUGAAAUUAAUUCCAUAUUUGGUGAAAUAAAAAAGUCUUAUAACGUAGAUGAAUUUGUAAUGAACAUGUAUAGACAAAUUAAUGCUGAAAAGGAAAGCGUACGGGAUCAGACAAAUAUUGAAAAAAUAAAAUUGGCAAUACAAAAUAUUACAAAUAACAAUGAAGAAGUGAAAACUUAUUUAUCCAAAUUUAUUACUACUCUACAAAGAAUAAAUAUCAUCAAAAAAGAUAUAGACGAUUUAUUCAGCUCACUAUCCACAAAUAAUACAAAUGCAAAGGGAGAUGCCGAACGGUAUGUAAACCAUUCGGUAGAAAUCAUUAAUGAAAUAAGUAGUCAUAUUUCUAAAAUAACCGAACUAAAGAAUUAUGCUGAAGGCGUCAUAACCGAAUUAGAACAAGUAUCUAAGUUAAUACGCCCACCUGCUAAUGACUCAAAUGAUGAGACGCAAGGAUCAUCAAGUGAAGAUGAUAGCACACAUGACGACGAUUCACAGAGUGAUGAUCAUUCAAAGGGAAAAGGUGCAUAUGAAGGAACUCGUCUCGCAGUAGGCACUAUUAUUUUUUUGUUCGUUAUUUCUGAAGUUGUCCUAUUAAGCCGUGGUCAUAACGCCGAUCAAGAAAAGGAAUAUCAUGAACACGGCUAUCAUCAAGCAUUUGAGGGUGACGACGAUUAUAACAUUCACGAUGAGGAAGAAGCAAUCAAAAUUUGUUUCAAUGACAGCGAUUAG